AUGUAUUCCUAUUACUGCUGUAAGAGGGAGGAGUCCGUGAAAGGGGAGGAGGAGGAACCAGAGCUGUCCACCAUGUCUCCUUCGCACCCCCUGGCUCUGUCAGCUCCCCCGACGCCGCCCACCCCGGAGCGUUACAGUGACGAACCAGAGACAUACCCGCCUACCUUCCUGACCGAGGCCAACGGGCCCGCUAGCUUCACGCCGCCACCGCCACUGCGUCGGUGCCAGCGGGCGCACGGCUUCUGCCCGGCGUGCGCCCGCUGCACGUUGCCCUUCUACCUGCACCACCCGGAGCAUCUCUGCAACGGAGGGCGACUGGGCGGUGGGUACCGCAGCGUGCACCAGGACCUGGAUAUGCCCGCUGACCUGGCCGGGUUCUACCGCAAGCUGGACCUCCUCCGCUCCGUGGCCACACGAGAGGUGGUCACACGCAGCGUCAGCACCGACGUGUAG